CCAGCGGAUAUUUGUGAAAACGUCGAUAUGUCGCGUGUGCCUGUUUUGACGAUAUUUGGUUCCACGGGUACUGGAAAAUCUCGUCUGGCCAUUGAAAUGGCGAGAAGAUUUUCCGGGGAAAUUAUUUCGGCAGACAGCAUGCAGUUGUACAAGGGCCUGGACAUCAUCACCGCCAAAGUAACGAAAGAAGAAAGGGCAAUGGCACCGCAUCACAUGGUGGACACCAUAGACCCCCUAAUUCACGACUUUACUGUGUUGCAAUUCCGGGAUAUGACCUUACCCAUUAUAGACGAGCUACUAGCCAGGGAAAAGCUUCCGAUCAUUGUCGGUGGAACCAAUUAUUACAUCGAGGCUCUUCUCUGGAAGAUUCUGAUUGCUAAUUCGGAAACGGUUGCCAACUCGUCGGUUAGUUUGUGCAUGGAAAACGCGUACAACGACGGCGAUAAUAAGAAACUGAAAAUCGAUUUGGAUCGGAACAGCAAGGAGAGCAACGAGAAUCUUUUCAAGAAACUGAUGGAGGUCGAUCCCGAAAUGGCGAAGAGGUUACACCCUAACAACAGGAGAAAGAUCAUUCGGUCCCUGGAAGUGUUCGUCCAGCAAGGUGUGACCCACUCGGAACUUCUGAAAGCUCAACGGACAGCUGGUAGUUCCGGAUUAGGCGGCCGCCUCAGAUAUCCCAACUCAGUGAUACUGUGGCUGCAGUCCGACAGGACAGUCCUCGAGGAGCGGCUGGAUAGCAGGGUCGAUGCCAUGGUGCAGACCGGUCUGGUGCAGGAACUGCUUGACUUUCAUCGGAGGUACAACGAGCAACGGAUUGCGACCAACACGUUACCGGACUACACGAAAGGCAUCUUUCAGAGCAUCGGCUUCAAAGAGUUCCAUAGAUACCUGAUGUUGUCCGAGGAGGAGAAGCGGGAGAAAAAGGGAGAAGAAUUACUGCAAGAAGGAAUCGAUAAUCUCAAACUUGUUACCAAGAGAUACUCAAAGAUGCAGGAAAAAUGGAUCCGUAAUCGCAUGAUUCGGCGCGUUGACAGACAAACGCCCCCUAUUUAUACGUUGGACUGCACGGACGUGAAAAACUGGGAACAUUCUGUAUAUGGCAAAGCUGUGUCGAUAGUAGAAGCAAUAUUAAGAGGAGAAAAGCCUGAGCAGGCAGCUGCGAACGAAUCUAUUGAAAAUAUCAAAACCACGGAUAGCAGUAACGAAGAAUGUCAUUACUGCGAUGUUUGUGACAGGUUUUUCAUUGGCGAACAGUGGGGCAUACAUUUGAAAAGCAAUAAACAUCAAAAAGUUUUAAUAAAGAAAAAGAAAUUAGCAGAAAAGGAAGCAAUGGAAGAAAGAACGAUCAAAGUGAAUGAAUGAAGAUUAAUAACGUUAAUACUGAUUGUUGUGAUCAAAUGUAACGUUCAACGAGCGAUGCAUUUUUGGUAUAUAUUGUACAAAAUAAUGUGAAAAGACUGUUGAUAUUUGAUAUUUUGAAGAUAUAUUAUUUUAUGUAAAAUG